AUGUCAUUCCCAGAACACACCCACCCGCCUAACAUCAACAUCAAUAUCAACCCCAUGCAUACUCCCCCGCCGCUACCGUUUAAUCCGAACGCCCAUCAUUUCAAUUCGGCCAUGAACAAUGUCGGGUUCGGGUUCGGGGGCGCGGGAGGGGGGAGGUCGGGGUUUUCUUCUGGGAAUGGGCAGGGACAGUAUCAGCAACAGCAGUUACAACAGUCGCAGCAGCAGCAGCAGCAGCUUGGGUUUGGGGGGUUCGGGGGGUUCGGGAUUGGGACAGGGACAGGGACGGGGUUUGGAGCUGCGUCUGGAGCUGGGACGGGGUUUGGGUUUGGUAGGAAUCAAGCUUCGUCGUCUUCGUCCUCCCCUUUCGGACAAGUGCAAGUUCAACAGCAGCAACAAUCUCAGCAACAAGCUCAAUCGCAAGCUCAAUCGCAAGCUCAAGCUCAAAAUCAGAGUCGGCCUAAUUUGUUCCAUCACCCUACCACCCCGGCACCUUCGUCCGCUACCACUACUACUACUAUCAGCAAUACUUCGCAAUUCCCUACUUCUACCUCGAUCGCCUCUCCCAGCCCGAUCUCGUUGACAACUCAGAAACAACAACAACAACAACUACAACACCAACGACUACAUUCGAACGGCGAUAAUACACCUGCACUUACGCCGGGAAGGAAAAAACGAGCGAGAUCGAGAUCUAGGUCUAGAUCUUCUUCUCCUCCAUCCGCAUCCGCAUCUAUAUCUAUAUCUACAUCUAUAUCGCAACAUAGAUCGACACCGUCAGGGAAUGGACAAGGGAAUGGGCAAGGGCAAGGGAAACGUGGUCGAGAUCGAGGUCGAUCCAAGUCUACUUCGGACUCCGGGAGAGAUGAACACGAGCAUGAGCACGAGCGCUCGGCAGGACCUCAGUCCGAUAAGAGGCAGAGGGCUGGAAUUGGGAUGGAUCGGGACGAUAAUACACGAGAGAGGGAGGACGAGGGGAAGAGGGUGAAGAGACUUCGGAGGGACCCGUCCGGUGACCCUUCUGGGAGGACUUCAGACAGAUCUAGAGGAGUUUUAACGGGCGAAGGCGAUACUGGGAACGAUCCUUAUGUGCGGGAUAAGAGUAGGAGUAGGGUUAGAGGCGGGAACCGAGGAGAAGUAGAUGGAGAGGGGGAGGAUGAGGAUGAGGAUGAUGAUUAUGAUGGGAACGGGGAAGAAGAGGAUGUUGGGGUUCUGUUAGCUUCCCUCCCGACGACCUCCCUCCUCCCACUCAUCCAUUCUCUCCUCCAAACACGCCCUUCUUUAAAACCGCUCCUCUUGACACUGAUCCCUACGCCGGAGAUCGAGGAUGUCCUCGGAGUGCUCAAAGAACGGGCGAGGGCUGUGUUGGGGAGUGUGCCGUUAGGAGAAGCUGGGGAUGGGUUGGUUGGGGUGAGAGUUAGGGGCAGUUUGGGGGAAUUCUGCACGGCGGCGAUGACGUACCUACCGAGGUUCAUCAUCGAAGAACCGUCGACCGGGUUUCAGACCGGGAGCAACAACACGAAUAAGAACGCUACGAAUGCGACGAACAGGACGAAUAAUCACAAUAACGGUAUGAUCAACAUGAGGAACGAAAACAUUACGAACAACAAUACUACGACAAUGACCACAACGACGAAGAUGGACCCCCGACGUGCACCCGUCCACCCGACUAUCCCUCCGACGCUCCUCGUGCCCCUCUCUCAGACGAUCCUAGCGCAAAUCUUCCCCAUCCUCCCUCCCAAGCUCAGAGUCCGGGAGAACGUUUCGUUUGACCAGCUCGAAGCGCUAUGCGACAAGGUCUUGAAAGGGUGGACGACAUGGGUCAAAGUGGUAGCCCGGACGGUCAACGUGGAAGGAGGGAUGUUUAGCGAGGGGGUCGUCAAGGCUUGGGAAAAUGGGCUGGACGAACUGGCAGGAUGGGUCUUGCAGCGAGAAGCUCAGCUUCGGGCUCAGCAACUCCAAGGACAAGGACAAGGACAAGCGGGGAACGUGAACGCUGCUGGAACCGGGGCCGACGAUCCGCGCGGGAAAAAGGAAGUGACGAUCGAGAGGCUGGAAAAGAAGUUUGGGGAUGGGCUGAAGAGGGUCAGGGAUGAGUGGGUGGAUAGUGUCGGGUGGAUGGUCGGGAGGAGCAGGCCGGUCGAGGGGUUCGAGGGUGCUGCGGGGGAGGAUGUGAGGAUGGGGUAGGGCGGGCGUUCGUGUAGAGGCUGGCAAGGAGAUGGCUGUACUGAAGGAUCGGCUAGACUGGGGCGGCAAACGAUAUGGGUUUUCUGAUUUUCUAUUCUAUACGACACGACGACGAUAUUACAUGAUGAGACUGCUCUUUUUAGUUUUGUUUAUGGUUUUCUGAUUUUUUUGUGCGAUGUAUCUGUCUCUUAUCUUCAAUACCAUUCUUUGUCCGCUUCACCGUCUUGGUCGCCUGGUCAAGCUCCCCAUCCUCAAAGGAGCCAUCUUCCAGGCCUCCAGUGGUGUUCUAAUCUUCCGAGUAC